UUCAAAUUGAAACCUGUCUAAACUGAUUCGAGUUCAUUCAGGAAAGAUCAAAGAGAGUUGGGAUUCUGGACUGUUAUAGAAACUAUUUUAAAGAUGGAUUCUUUUUCAUCACUUAAGACUGAUGAUUCAACUACUUUAAACAGUAUGAAGUUGAUGUCUCCCAUAGAAUCUUGCUACAGAAGUCCAUUGAGAGAUACUACAAAUUGUGUUCUUCCUUUAGAUGUGAGUGGAAGUAAGAAAUCAGAUCCAGUUGGACCACAUCAGCUACCUGGCGAAAAGAGGGAAUUUUCAGAAGAAAACGACUUCCCUCAGUACCAGCAAUCAACCCCCGUCAAGCACUUGGACUGUGAUACCGAGUCAGAUACAACUGCAGAAUAUGAGAGUGCUGGAGAAGCAUCUCCAUGGGAAAAGCCGUCGAACGUUAGUGCUCUUGCUGACUACCUGGCAGGAGUACAUCUAUCGACGCCUGAUAAAAUUCAUACUGAGCUUAACUAUUUCCCAUUUUCACCAAUUUCAGCAGAAGAUGAAUGUGAUGAUGAAGUCACCGCAAUCAUAUCUAACGGGUCUCAAUCCUCAUCUCACAGUUUGUCAUUUCAUGAAAGGGAAGAAAUAUCUGUUUCUACACAGGAUAAAACAGUGUCACAUGAGGCUAAUACAUCUUUUAGUGACGUAGAUCCGGAAGAAUUCAAAAAUUCGGUGCCCUGUAAACGUCAUAGUGAAACAAAUGUUUCUUCUUUCUUCCAUUCAGAAAGCUUACAGUUCAGUGAGGAAGCUUUUGGUAGAGGUGAGGCCAAUGUUGAAACUGAAAUGAGCUGUUCUAUUGAAGAAAAUAAACUUAAAACUCCGCCUCCUUCUUUAAAUGAGAGUGCAGAAAUUACUUCAUCAGUGUUAACGACGGUUGAGAACUUGUGUGAUUCUGUAAACUAUAAAAUCGCCACUUCUUCUGGAGCAAUUUCUCCAAAACGAUAUGCUACUUUAAAUUCCAGUAGUUCUGAAAGUAAUGCAGUAGAUCCUGUCACUUCGUUCGCUGAUAAUGAGAGAAAAUUUAUUGAACAAUCUUAUUCAGCUACCUAUUUUUCAUCCACCAACAAAUCUCCUGUCCCUGUGUUUUUGGAAAAAGAUGCCACAUCUCUCGAUUCUUUAGAAGAUGAUGUUACUGUCAUUUCUGAAGUGGAAUCUUCAUCAAAUGUUUUACAAACCAGCCAUAUAAACGAUUAUGUUACUACUACAAAACAUAAAAUUGAUACAAUCUUUACUUCAAAUAAAGAAGUAGUAUCAAAUGUUAUUUGUGAAACAAAGCAACAAAUUGAUAAUAUAUUUAAGCGUAAAAGCCCAAUUAAAGAGUUUGCUUCUAAUGUAUCACAUGUUAUUGAUAGUAUUAAGAAUCUAAAUACAUCAGAUUCCGAUUCGUCUCCUCAGAAGAAUGUGCUCAUGGAAAAGAUAUCAUCACCUAUUUCAUCUGCUAAGCAAAAAAUUGAUAGUCUUUUUUCACCUAAGAAGGUCAUGGAUAAAGAAAUAUUUGAAAAGACCUCAGUAUCAGGAAUUUCUGUUGUAAAUGAUGAACUAUGUGGAAAAGAAUUUAAAAAAGACAAUAAUAAAACAAAUCAAGGUAAUAGCUCCCUUAAUACAGUUAUUGUUGAACAUCUCAAUGUUGACACUUCAGUAUCUGGUUUAAGUGUGAUCCCACUAAAAACAUAUUCUGAAAGCCAUGAAGUUAUUGAGACUUCUAAGCAGCAAAUAGAUAAAAUAUUUAAAUCAUUGUCUCCAGCAAAAGUUACUGCACAAAGUGAUGUGCUGGAACUCAGCAAUUCAACCAUGUCGACAGAUCUAGAGCUGGACGAUGAAAUAUAUAUAUCAUCUCUUUCGACUAGCGAACCAGGCUUUGAACACACAAAUUCUAAACAAUCUUCUAAAGCACAAUUUUCUGUGGAUAAACAUGUAAGAUCUAAUGAUGUUAUUGUCAGUGAUACACAAAAAACAGAAAUCGAUCAGCUUGCUAUUUCAUCUUCUAAAGAAGAAUCUGGAUCACCCCUGAUUCUCCAUGAGGAUGACAAAAGCACUGUGUCAGAAAAUCUCAAUGAAACAUGUAAAAUUUCUGAAGUCACUCAGUCUGUCAAUUUGAAAUCAGAAGUUGAAGAUUGUGCAAGCAGUGAUUUAGUAUCUAAUAGACAUUUUACUGAUAGUACUAGUGAUGAAGUAUUGAAUCAAACCACAACUGAUGAAGUCGGUGGUACAACACACCAAGAAGAUAUUGUAGUUCAAGGAGGCGAUGAAAAAAGUGCUCAUGAUGUUGAUGAACAAGGUUCAAUUUCCCAGAAUAGCAUUAAAUUUGAUGAACAACAUUUGAGUGAUUACCAGUCAUCAUUUGAAGUUUUCAAGAAGGAUGUGCUGGAUGCAAGCCGUUCUUUUCAUAUUAUUUCUCCUAAGAAAGAAAGUUUUAAUAUAUCUUUAAGUACUAUUCUUGAUCAAAAAGAAGAAGUCAUCUCUUCUGAAUUCAUUACAGAAACACCAACAAACAUUACAGCUAAUGACUCGAUCAUUUCAAAUGUGUCUGAAAAUAACUGCCAGAUGACUAAUAGCUCUAUUGACACUAUAAAUUCUCAGCUAGAAACAUUAUCAAUUGCUCCUAAUCUUGACCAGUCAGUUUUGAAGAUGGAACAUGAAGAAUCAGUAGCUGCUGACUCUCAAAAUAUUGGCCAUGUCAAUAUUUCUUCUCUUGAUUUAUCUGAAGUAACUGAUGUUAAAAUUAUUAGUGCUAAUGACAGCAUUCCAGUGUUCCCACUAGAAUCUAAAGAGAAUUUUGAAUUACAGGUUUCUACAGAAAAUGUAGGCAGCUCUGUUACUAUAGAUCCAAAAGAAAUUGAUGAUGUUGCAGAACUGCACAGUGCAAUCGCUGAAGAAGUCAUUGAUAAUAAAAUAAUUAGCGAGGGUCCUAAUGAUAGUUAUGAUUGUGAUUCUCAUUUGAAAUCUGAGCAAGAAGCAUUAGAUGUCAAUGAUGUUGAUCAAGUUACUUUAAUAAAAGAAGUUGAAGAUUUUGUUGUUGUGGAUGUUGCUGAACUAGAAAAGGAUGUUUCCGUCCUCAUUUCUCCUAAAAAGUUUUCACCAGAUUUUAAAAAGAAUGAUGUUUUAGAAAUUUCACAUGCGUCAGGUAAAUUUGAUGGAGACAAAAGAGUAGAUGAAGCAAAGGGAAACAUACAACAUACUGUUUCAGUAUCGAGUUCGGUUGAAACUGUUGAAAAUCAGAUUCAAGUGCAGCUUCCAUCUCCUCUUCAAGAAUUAAUAAAAGAUAAUGUUGAAGUUGUUGACACUGAAGUUACAAUUACUGAUGUGAAUAAACAAAUUAGUGAUGAACAUAUUGAGAAGAAUGAUGUUGAACCAGUCAUAAACAUUCCUGAACGUGGUUCAGUAGCCGAUGUGAUUAAUAUUCACGAAAAUGUAAUAAGCAGUUCUCUGGUAGUUUCUUCUGUUGAAGUGAAAAAUGAUAUGUCAAAUAGUGUCUCUGGUAUGGAUCAAUUAAACUUCCAAUCGCAAGAGGUAAUGUCUCUAAAUGUUGAAUUAGAAAAAAAAGCUGAGCCUAUGAGCAAUAUUAUUGAAAAUAAUUUGACCACUGAUUUGGUUGUUGAAAGAGAGAUUAUGGAUGUAAGUGUUCAUACCGAAGAAAAACUUGCUGAUAUGAAGGUAACAGAAGUUAAUGAAAAUAUUUCUGUUAUGAAUAAGGAUAUUGAUUUUAGUAAAAAAAUUGACGAUUCUGUAUUUAUACAGAAUGAUAAGGAGGAACGACGAUCUAAUCCUGUUAACUUGCAUACUUCUGAGGGAUGCAAUAUGGAUAUAGCAUCAGAAAAAACAACGGUUGUUUCCCAUAUUAAUACUUUGCAAAAUGAUGAGCUUAUUAAUGUAAAUGUAAAUACAAUCCUAAAGUCUCCCAUUAAAGAAGAAUCAAUCGAAAAAACUCAUGAUUUUCUGUCCAAAGAAAUUCAAUCAGAAUUGAAACAAGAUGAAACAUAUCCGGAGGACAGUGCAAGGCUUGAAGAAGAAAAAUGUACAGUCUCUGAAAUCAUUAGUAAACAACCGAUAGAGCAAUGUUCAUCUAAAAUCCCCAUUGAAGAUGAACAAAUUAUCGUGAAGCAAGAGUAUUCAAAUACUAAUGAAACUUCCGUGAAGAAUGUCAUUAUAGAGAAUGCUGUGGUCAAUGAAUCAGUUGUAGUCAGUAGUAAUGAAGUGAACAAACCAACCACAAAAGACAGAAGAAAGUCUCCUCCAGCUACAGAAGUUAUAGAUGAUUUAUUCAAUGACAUUUUCCAGCAUGGUAAAGAUCAGAUGUGUAGAGUAAUCACCAAGCAUUCUGAGAAUAAACAGAGUAAAUCUGAUGUAUCAGUCACUCAGGAAGGAGCUCAUCAAAUUGUUGAACAGAACUCUAACACAACUAGUUUUAUUUCUAAGUCUACUAGAGAUGAUUCCGAAUUUUUGAAAAAUACUGGAUUUUCAAGUGAACAUGCUUUUUCGGACAAAGUAAAAACCCCUCCUUUUGCCUGCUCUGUACCUAGUGACAGUAUAGUGUUUGGAUCACCAUCGGAAUAUUCCUUGAGCCUAUCACCAAUUGAUUCCUUUGCAGCAGGCACUAAAUGCGAUUUACCUGAAAGUUCCCCCAAUGAUAUUUCUGCUGGUAACAGUACUUCAACAGUUUUCUGUACUAAAACGAAUGCAUCUUCUGCUGAAAUAGGAAUGGGAUUUAAAAGUUCAUCUGAAAGCUUAGAAAUUAUAAAAAGUGAUCUUUCAAAGCAAAAUAAUGAAUUAUCGCCAUCACUGCAGACUACCUUACAAAUUCAAGGUGAAAUGUCUACUAGAAAUGAAAAAUAUUCAUAUACUUAUAAUAAGAAUUCAAAAGACUUUCGAGGCUCCCCUGUCAAUAAGAAUUCUGAAAAAGAAUACUCCAGUCUUAGUGAUAACUUUAGAACAUUUAAACUGGAUGAUUUAAGCAAGUCUACCAUCGAAAGGAAGUCCUAUGAGGACUUGUUGGAUAGGUGUUUAGAACAGGAAAGGCUUCUUGGAUUCGAUGAAACCAUCAAGGAGGAAGCCGAUAAGCUUAUUAAAGAAAUUGCAAAUGCAUCUUCUGAUGAUAUCUGUAUGCAGCCUGAUGAUUUCCCUCCCGCUAAUGCCAACAGUAGCGAGGCUGGUCCAGUAACAGCUGAUGAAGAUCUUAAUAAAGCAGAUUUGUUCCAGGACGCAACUCUCUUCGAUUUUGAUUAUUUAUCCAAGAUUGGCAAAGGCAAGCCAAGCCGCCGACUUGUACGUGAAUCUUUAUUUUUGAAAUUUGAUCCGCUUGCUGCCGCAGCCGCUGCUGUAGCCACUCCCGAACCUGCCCAGGAAAUGGCUCAAGCUGAUAGCAGUAGUGAUGUGAUUAGCACCCCUCCGAGAGCACCACUUUUACACAACGGAGAUGAUAAACUUGUUAGUAUCACACCUAACAAUGAAGCUACCUGUUCCCCAGCAAGCUCUACUGUUGCCACUCCUCCUCGGUCUAAGGCCAGGAAUUCUUCUUGUUCUGCAACUCCUACUCUACGUCAUGAGAUACUUUCUAAAGAAAUAUCUAAACUACAAGACUUGAUGAUGAGACAAGAAUCUUCAUAUCAAGAACAGAUUGCUGCAUGUACAGAAGAGGUAGAGCAGUUAAGAGACCAACUAGCAAAACUCGAAGCACGCGACAAUCAGGUAGACCUCCAGGGAAAACUAGCUGCAACGGAAGCCGAAUCUGUUAAGCUUAAAAAAGAGCUGGCUGAAGCUACUGAAAGCAAAAAGCAAUUAAUGAUGAUAAUGGAAGAAUACGAGAAAACCAUAUCACAAGUAGUUACAAUGAGAGAAGAUGAUAAAAAGAGGUUUGAAGCGGAAAAAGAACAAAUAUCUAUGGAAAGAGAGGGUGCUUUGUUGCAUUUACGGAAUAUGGAAAUAGCCUUUAAUGAUGUUCACCAAAAAUAUGAAAAGUGCAAAGAAGUUAUUGAAGCUUUUAAACACAAUGAGGAACAGUAUAAAAUCUCAUUAAAUGAGAACAGAAAAACUAUUAUUCAACAAGAAGAAAACUAUCAAAAACUGAAAGAGCAUGCUGCUCAAAAAUUGGAACAAGCUAAUAUUGAAAUCUCAGAAAUGAAAAAGGCUCACCAGGCAGAAAUAGCUAAAAUGGUUGCUGUGCAAAGGAAAAUGGAAAUUCGAGUGAAAUCCCUCGAAGAAUCUCUGGAACAAAAGAAAAGAGAAGCUGCAGAAUUGACAAAAAUCUGUGAUGAUCUUAUUACUAAAGUCGAACAGUAAAAAUUAUAGUUGAGAGAUUUUUAAUUCAAAAGUCAUGGAUAAUGGCGCAGUCAGCUCCUUUUGAGAUUAUUUUUUUUCAAUCGAUCGUGAAAAUUGAAUGUGUUGAGAAAAUUGUCUCCCUAUGGUAAAUCAUUGCUUCCCCUGCCCUCUCCUUCCUGGGUGGUUUUAUUCAUAUGUACCAACCUAGAAGUUUCAAUCUGCCUUUAUAUGGGAGAUAUUUUUAUAAUAAUUUAUAUAAAGAAAUGUAAUAAAAUUUGUUUUUAUUGUAGAUAUUUUUUAAAUGUCAUUAGUUUUUAAGUGAUUCAUUUCUAUUCCUACUUUAUUCCUCACAAUGUAGAGGGCUCGGUUACAAGUUGUAAAUGUUGGCUGUGAGACCCAUUUCAUUUUUAUACGAUAUUUAGAACCUAAUAAUUACAUUAUAAUUUUGUGCUUACAUAUUAUUGGCUUGUUUAAAUUAAUUAAAUAAAAGAAAUAUACCACUUUUUAUAGACUUGUAGUUUUGUGAAUAUGCAAGCACUAAUUGAAAUUAAUAUUUUCAUAUAUAAUUAUUUAUAGCAGAUUCCUAUGUGCCGCUGUUCCUUUCCUUUUAUAGCUAGACUGAAUGUUUAUGAGAAAAUAAAUUUUUUAUGAAUGAGUGUAUAUUUAUUGUUAUUUUUAAUAGAAUAUAGUUAAUAACUAUAUAUUUUAUUUUUUCUUGUGCUCCAAUUAUAUAACAACUAUUAUUAAUUUAAUCUUAAUAAUUUUUACUUUCACUUACCUAUAUAUGAAAUAUAUAGUAAAGUAUUGCGAUCGUGAAGAUUUUCGAAUCUCAGUUUUCAACCAAAAUGCACGUUUUGAAGUCCCCCGAGUCCAAAUAAAAGAGUCCCGCAAAUUGGUCUGUGUGUGUGUUUUAACAGUCUAACUCAUAAACAAAACGUUGUACGAAAGUGAAAUUGCAUGUAUAAGGUUUUUAUAUGCUUGGGAUGUUACAGCAAAUUUUUCAUCAAAAUCGGCUAACCGAAAGUGGCACUUUAUAUCAUGAACUAAACACAUUUUUACAAUUUUCUCGAAAAUGGCUCUUAAAUUGGCUCUGGUUAAAUUAACCAGUUUUUAAUAAAUUGUAGUUUUUAUUCUGAUUGAUGUUCUUUAACAGGGUUUAAAUGGUCAAUUUUCAAUAUUAGCUUAGCCUAAAGUACCUUUAAUUUUUUUUAUUUGAAACAAUUGACCAUUUCACAUUAAUCUCUAAUAUAAAAGAUAGUUAAAUAUAAAAUAUGAAAGAAUUUGACAAUUAACUAAAGAAGAAAUAAGAGAUCGUAACGGAGAAUAAUUGUAAUUAAGGAACCAAAGGAAUACAAGCUCAUCCGAAAGAUUAGAACACGAUUCCAUACAUUACCUUAGCUUAAUAUAAUAUGGACUCCGAAAAUAUGUAAAGAUGCAAAUGCUGUUUUCAUAAAUACUAUUGUUGGUAUUCUAUUAAAUAUUUAAUUGUAUAGAUUACAGCGAUAUAAACAUUAAAAUUUGUAUACAUGAGGGUACUUACACAGAUAAAAAUACCCACAAUGAAAUAUAAAUAAAUAUAGUGUCUAUAAAUUUUACUUUCACUUCCCCUUUGUCUGAGAAUACUUAUUUCUGCUAGACGAGGAUGGUAAGUGAAAGUUGUGUGAUAUUUAUCAGUUAAUUCAUAGUACAUUAUACCAUAUUAUUCUGUUGGGUUUACACAGGGAGGUUACAGGUGUGGGGUCACUGGUUUCAAUGAAACUUAACAUUUUUUUAUAUUGUUGUUUUCUGCCUUUGCUCUAUAUGGAUUUCUAGGUUAUAAUAAAUCGAUGGAUUUGUUUUUAUUUUUUGUUAUAAAAUAAGAAAAACAUUUCUAGUUGUAUUAAAUAAAUUAAAUUACAAUAACCAAAAUGAGACAUUCAUUGAAGUAAGCCAAGUCAAUUUUUAUUAUGAUAAAUUUAUUCUGUUUCUAGUGCCCUUCAAAGCUAUUUAAUACAAAUUUGUUUUAAAAUAAAAUUUUUUGGACUGAUUUAAUGGGAGAAAUUCUUUUCAUGCUGUUAACUAAAGUAUUCCUCAGGAUUUUGUCC